UCGGCCGUCGCAGGUUCGGCCCAAUCAGUUAAUCAAGGUUGGUUCAGGUACACAAAGAAAAACCGCUUUUUAAUUUCAGUACACGUUUCUAUUCACCGUCAAAAUUUUCUCGCCCACGCACUACAUUCUCUUUCAUUGGCCAAUCAUCUAAUCCUUUAACUUUAAUUUACUAUCAACUGUCCAUUCUGUGGUCUUUUCUUCACUCGCGAGUCUCGAUUUUUCUAGCGUGCGCCCUCGGCUAGCAUCCCGCCUACCUUCUCGGCCGCUGUCGCUCGUUGCUGCCGAAAUUAUCAGCCCGGAAAAACCGACCGUUGAAAACGCUGUGUUAAAAUCACAAAAUCACUGCUAUGCACUAAUUUGGCCAUACAAUUAUUUCACUUACGUCGGUUUGCUUAGUUGAUCGUACGCCGUUGCGUCGAUAGGAAAAUAUUCUAAUUAAUUCUUUUUCUAUUAAUGCAAUAAAAUUUGCAAGAUUUGGAUGGUCCGUGUCCGUACCCUGGACCGAUGAUGCUGAGCGCGUCUGUCUAAGCCGGCUGGCUCUCGAUAACAGCGGUAUUGCUGUCUGUUUGCUCGUGCCUCGAACCAAUGGUGCUGACUCGAGAUGCUGAGCGCGUCUGAAGCCGGUUGGCUCUCGAUAGCAGCGGUGUAGCGUGCUGCUGGCUGACGACUGUGUUAGGGUAGCCGUCCGCUACGUUACCCGACCGAUGAUCGUAGUCCUUCCUCAGCUCCCUUUAGCUGGAUGCUUGUCUGACUGCUUACUGCUGAUCGUCCGGUGGUGCGGGUAGAAAUGACACCGAUAAUGCGCAGCUGGCCUCUUUUUAUAGGUACCACAGUGACCACAAAAUUUCUUUCUAUUGUCUAUCAUGUGCUCGAGAAUGUUUGACGGUGAUGGAUUUGCAAGAUCGAGUAAGCAAAAAGAAUGUGACCUGAACAAACCAUUACAAACUAAGGGUACUUCUGCCAUCGCUGCUGCAAGGUUGCAACGGUGGGCCCGUAUGCUGGCCGGUUACCAUUACACAAUCGAGCAUCGCCCCGAUAAAUUUAUGACCCAUGCUGAUGCAUUGUCUCGUCUUCCGUUACCAACUCUAACAGAGGUAGAACAUGUUGGUCUUGGAAUUAAUAAUCUCUCACCGAGCAGUCCUGCAGUCAUUGAUCUUGAUAUCGUUCGCACUCACCAAAAAGCAGAUAAAAUUUUAUCGCAGGUGUUUGAAUAUGUGUCUCGUGGAUGGCCAAAGAACAUCGAUCAAUCGUUGAAACCAUAUUUUUUAAUCAACUGUCAUCUAGGGAUUGACGAUAAUGUCUUAUAUUUCGACGAUAGGGUUGUUGUCCCCGAUAGUCUUAAACUGGCUAUAAUUGAACAACUUCAUUCGAAUCACGAUGGAAUCGUUAGAAUGAAAAUUUUAGGUCGUAUGUAUAUCUGGUGGAAAAUUUUUGAUAAGGAUGUAGCUGAAUUUGUACGAAAAUGCAAAGUUUGCCAACAACGUCAAGCUGUACCUAAAGAAGUUGUUGAAACCAAAUGGCCAAUUUCUCAACGUCCUUUUCAAAGGAUUCACAUGGAUUUGUUUUAUUUUGAAAAUAACACUCUGUUGAUAGUUGUAGAUAGUUUUUCUAAAUUUAUUGAUGUACGCUUAAUGAAAGGUUCGAAUAGUAUACAAAUGAUAGAGCAGGUAGAAUCGAUUUUUGCAUUUUUUGGAAUUGCAGAAGAAGUUGUCACAGAUAAUGGUCCCCCCUUCAACUCAGAACUCUUUAUUAGAUUUUUGGAAGCGAAUGAUGUCAAGCUUUCGAAAUCUCCCCCUUACCACCCCCAAUCCAACGGGUUGGCCGAGAGAGGUGUAAGAACGGUUAAGGAUGUUCUGAAGAAAUAGCUACUAGAUGAAAAGCAACAGUCUCUAUCGGUAACUAGGAAGAUUAAUCGUUUUCUCAUCAAUUAUCGUAACACUCCAUCGAGUGUGACAAACCGUACGCCUGCUUCAAUGAUAUUCGCUUAUACGCCCCGCACCCUAACGAAUACAAUCAAUCCGCGAAAGGUCGAAUUAGAGUCCGUGCCGUCGAAGCCGAUACUUCAUCCAAUUGAACAGACGCCCCCUGAAAUCAAAAAAUCAUUUUGUGUAGGUGAUAGAGUCCUAUACCGAAAUCAUUUUAAAGAAUUGGUACGUUGGAUUCCCGCGAUCGUGCUACAAAAACUUAGUCCUCUAACGUAUUUAAUUAGUAUCGAAGGAAACGUUCGAAUGGUACACAUGAAUCAAAUCCGUUACUCCGACUUGGCAGACGAAUUUCAUUCCUCCAUGCCGGUACACCAACCAGUAUCGAACCAACUUGAUCAAAAUAUUGAUGACAGUCUUCAAACCACAAACAGCAUAGCUGAUCAAAACAUCGAUGAUAGUCCUCAAAUUGCUGUACCAUCUCCCGUGGAGUCGAAUAAGGAUUCGCCGCUCCCAGCAAAGGGUAGCUCGUCGAAGAAAGUUGAUAAAAAGGCAAAAAAUACCAAACGUCGUCGUAGCGAGUCAAAAUCACCAAAAGUGCGCCGUUCUAAUCGGUUGAAAGGACAGCCUAGAUUGAAAUAUCCAAAAUAAUAUUGUAGUACAUGCACAGUGAUUGAACAUGAGCCGAGACAUCACGCGAAUGAAAUCCCGACCCACAUCCAUCCCCCUGAACCAAGAUUUCGUUGAUACCUUAAGGAUUAUCGAAUGAAGCCACCUUCCCAGUUCACCAUUGCUCCAUGCAGUUUGCCAAAUUUCGAUUGUUCUCUGAUGAGUGAUACUGAAAAAUUCGCUGAAGCUAAUUGGUCUUUCAUAUAUGUCACCUUGUAAAGCGCCCGCCUUAGCUAAAGAGUCCACUUCUUCAUUACCUGGAAUGGAGCAAUGCGAGGGAAACUACGGUAAUCUUGUACGAUCUUACAGACAAAGGUAAUCUUGUACGAUCUUACAGACAAAGCACGCAGGCGCUCCCAGAUUUUCUCCAGAAAAUAUGGAAUGUGCUUACUAGAUUUCAUUGAACGGAGAGCCUCGAUUGAGCCGAGGUUAUCCGAGACAAUAAAGUAAUGAUCGGUGGGCAAAGUAUCAAUGAUCCCAAGGGUAUACCGGAGUGAUCCGGAGUCUUCGAAGGACCGGAAGAAUGCUGGGUGUCAAAACAGUCGGAAUAUAUUUGGGCGUCCAAAGAACCAAAAUCAUUCAGGGUCUAAUGAGCAAACUCACUCUGGGCCUUCAAAGGACCAAAAAUGCGCUGGGUUCUCAGAAGACCAGAUGCAUACAAGACAAUCCACACUAAAA